AUGGUUCCUCUAGGAUGGCGUAACACUGGUAAUAUGAAUACUGCACGAUAUCAUCAUACCGCAUCCGUAUUAAGAAAUGGAAAAGUGUUAGUUACUGGUGGAGAUAAUGUUAGUUCUUCUUUUAGUAGUACUGAGUUAUAUGAUCCAUCAACAGAAAAUUGGACAAUGACUGAUACUAUGAAUGAUGCACGACGAGACCACACAGCAUCCGUAUUAGAAGAUGGACAAGUAUUAGUUGCUGGUGGAAAGAAUGAUUCUUUUGAAUUAGAUAGUGCUGAAUUAUAUAAUUCAUCAGCAGGAACUUGGAAAGCGACUGGUACUAUGAAUGAUGCACGAUAUUGGCAUGCAGCAUCCAUAUUAAGAAAUGGUCAAGUGUUAGUUACUGGUGGAUAUAAUGGUAAUUCUUCGCUCGAUAGUGCUGAGUUGUAUGAUCCGUCAACAGAAACUUGGACAAUAACUGGUAGUAUGAAUUAUGCUCGAUAUUAUCACACAGCAUCCGUAUUAAAAAAUGGUCUAGUGUUAGUUACUGGUGGCACUAAUGGUACUUUUACUCUAAAUAGUGUUGAAUUGUAUGAUCCAUCCACGGGAAAUUGGACAGACACAGGUAACAUGAAUAUUGCACGACAUUGGCACACAACAUCUGUAUUAAACAAUGGAAAAGUGUUAGUUGCUGGUGGAUAUAAUGGUAGUUCUUAUUUAAAUAGCGCUGAAUUGUAUAAUGCAUCAACCGAAACCUGGACACUAACUGGUACAAUGAAUAGUGCACGAUAUAACCGAAAAGCAUCCUUAUUAAACAAUGGAAAAGUUUUAGUCACUGGUGGAGUGGGUAUGGAGAAUAUCGCAAAUAGUGCUGAGUUGUAUGAUCCAUCAUCAGGAAGUUGGACACCAACUGAAAAUAUGAAGGGUGCACGAUUUUGGCAUACUGAAUCCAUAUUAACAAAUGGAAAAGUGUUAGUUACUGGUGGAUAUUUCCUUAAUGUUUUGAAUAGUUCAGAAUUAUAUUAUUUAUCUCCAACAAAUGAAUAA